GCCUCUCUCUCUCUUUGUGGCAACAACAACUCAUUUCCUUCUCAUUCAUUUGGAAACCACCUCACUUCUCUCUUCUCUUCUCUUCUCUUCAUCGACAUCACCUUGUGCUUUCGGCGACCUUUCUCAGAUCAACCUAGCCGCCUCCUCCUCUUGUUUUCAGAUCGAUCCACAUCCUUUUUGCUUUCUCGAUUUCAUUUUUUCCUCUAUCUAAUCGCCUGGAUCGGAGCUAGAUUUCCGAUUUUCAAUCAUGUUUUUGUUCGAUUGGUUCUAUGGAAUUCUCGCAUCUCUCGGUCUAUGGCAGAAGGAGGCUAAGAUCUUGUUUCUCGGCCUUGAUAAUGCCGGAAAAACUACGCUGCUUCACAUGUUGAAAGAUGAGAGAUUGGUUCAGCACCAGCCAACCCAGCAUCCUACCUCGGAGGAGCUUAGUAUUGGAAAGAUCAAGUUCAAAGCAUUUGAUCUCGGAGGGCAUCAAAUUGCUCGCAGGGUUUGGAAGGAUUACUAUGCCAAGGUGGAUGCUGUAGUGUAUCUGGUGGAUGCAUAUGACAAGGAAAGAUUUGCAGAGUCAAAGAAGGAGCUGGACGCCCUGCUCUCGGACGAGUCAUUGGCAAAUGUUCCAUUCUUGAUUUUGGGCAACAAGAUUGAUAUCCCUUAUGCUGCUUCCGAGGAUGAAUUGCGUUACCAUGUGGGUUUGAGUGGAGUGACAACUGGAAAGGGGAAGGUGAACUUGACAGAUUCAAACGUGCGCCCAUUGGAGGUCUUCAUGUGCAGCAUUGUCCGGAAGAUGGGUUAUGGAGAUGGAUUCAAGUGGGUCUCACAGUACAUCAAGUAGUGUUUGAACCCAGACCAGACCAGACCAGCCAAGCCAGUACUGGAGUGGAGUGGAGCCCCCCACCCCCACCCCUUUUUUUUAUUAGAUGGUAAAAUGAACUUUGAAAAUUGAACCAACCAGUUGUGUUUGAUAUUAUAAUGAUGAUGAUGAUAGGGGGAAUUAUUUUCAGUUGUUUCAGCCAACAUUUGUUCUGAUUAAACAAACAUAUAGCAAUCCUCUUCUGCUUUUU